GCUUUAUGGGAUUCCUAUUUUUGGCUUUAUGGAGUUGGACCAAUAAUGUUGCAGCCUUCUUUAUAUGCCAGCUGCUCUAUUAUUCUACAAGGGUUGAAGCUCUUUGCUCAACUGAGAAGAGAGAAGUUUAAGUUUGUUUGUACUGUUGUUGAAGUUUAGGAUGCAGGAUUGGGCUGCUCCACUGAUAGCUGCGGCUCUGUUUGCGUUUCUGGCACCUGGGUUGUUGCUGCAAAUCCCUGGAAGGAAUCGACCCGUCGAUUUUUUAAACAUGAAGACAAGUGUGGCUGCCAUUUUUGUGCAUACCAUUCUCUAUGGUUUGUUUCUUAUUUUAUUUCUUAUCGUUCUUCAUGUGCAUCUUUACGCCUAGAAAGCUAAAAAAGUCUCUGAAAGUUGAGUAAAUUAAUGCAUACACCUUCUUGGCUUA